AUGGCAGAUGUUGACUUACCUCCGUUGCAACCGAAUAUAGAAAUACAGCUCCUCUUAGGAAGAGAUCUCCGGAAAGCAUUUCACGUAACUGAGCAACGGACAGGAGCUAGUGGGGAACCCUUCGCCCAACGACUUAAGUUAGGUUGGGUCGUGGUAGGGGAGAUAUGUCUCGGAAAAACUCAUCAGCCAGAUGUUGUCAACGUGACGAAAACAAAAGUUCUCCCAGAUGACGACGACAAACCAGGAUUGUCGCUUGAGGACCGCUUAUUUAUAGAAAUGAUGGACAAGGAAUUCGUCAGAGACACGGAUGGGUCUUGGUCAGCACCACUACCCUUUCGCGAGAAUCGCCCUCGCCUUCCAAAUAAUCAACCCCUUGCACUAAAAAGGGCACGCAUGCUAGACGCUAACCUGAGAAAAGAUCAUACCAAGCGGGAACAUAUGGUCAACUUUAUGAAGGGCAUCAUCGACAUGGGUCAUGCGGAGAUAGCACCACCGAUAGAUCAGGACAAGGAACGAUGGUAUCUCCCAUUAUUCGGUGUUUACCACCCCAAAAAACCUGGCAAGAUCAGAGGAGUGUUCGACUCGUCAGCGAAGCAUGCAGAAAUAUCCCUAAACCAAGUACUGUUGAAAGGCUCCGACUUGACAAAUAACCUGCUAGGGGUGUUGCUUCGCUUCAGAAAGGAAGCAAUAGCUGUAACUGCCGACAUACAGCAGAUGUUUUACUGCUUCUCUGUUAGACCAGAUCAUCGAGAUAUCCUUCGUUUUUAUUGGUACGAAGACAACGACCCCUCACAACCCUUGAUUGAGUACAGAAUGACCAAACAUGUGUUUGGUAACGGCCCGUCCCCUGCUGUUGCAAGUUAUGGACUUAGGAAGACUGCAAGGGGGGCCGAGGCUGAUUACGGAAGUGAUGUCUGUGACUUUGUACAGAGUAACUUCUACGUAGAUGACGGCCUGAUUUCAGUGUCCACACCGGAGGAAGCAGUGAGCCUUCUCACUCGCACACAAGCUGCUUUGGCUACAGGUCAAAUCCGAUUACACAAGAUCUGCUCCAACUCUCAACAGGUCCUUGACAGCUUUCCGUCCGAAGAUCUUGCUCAAGACUUAAAGGAUCUCGAUCUUGGGAAUGAUGACAUACCUUCUCAGCGUAGCUUGGGUCUGUGUUGGAGCUUUCAGACAGAUGUAUUUUCAUUCAAAAUGUCAAAUACCUCUAAGCCAUACACUCGUCGUGGAGUUCUUUCCACCAUCAAUUCCCUCUUUGAUCCUCUUGGGUUCUUGGCGCCAGUAACCAUCCAAGGAAGGGUUCUGCUACGUAAUAUGGUUGAGGGCACCGUUGACUGGGAUGAGCCUCUAUCAGAGAAACAACACAACCAUUGGGAAACUUGGGAGAAUUCUCUGUCACAUCCUGAGACCUUGUCGAUUCCACGUAGAACUCCUAUUUCUAAAAACGACUUGACAAAUAAAGUCCAUAUAUAUGCUGAUGCUUCAGAACGUGCUAUUGCUGCAGUUGCCUAUCUACAGACUGUGAAUGCCAAUGGAGAGACUUGUACUACCUUUUUACUAGGAAAAUCCAAGGUGGCACCUAAACACGGCCAUUCAAUACCACGUUUGGAGCUGUGUGCAGCUCUGCUUGCUGUCGAAAUAGGAGAGAACAUUUCUGAUCAGUUGUCAUUACCACCUGAACAAAUGACAUUUUACUCGGACAGUAAGGUCGUCUUAGGAUAUUUGAACAACCGCACAAGACGGUUUUAUGUCUACGUCGCGAACAGAAACAACCCUGCAGACCAUGGCACGCGGUUUGUACAUGCCUCACAGUUGAAGGAUAGCAUGUGGAUAUCCGGACCAUCUCAACUUUGUCUACGCUCUCAGCUGAAGGAAGAAUCCUUUUCCCUGUUUGAACCUUCGCAAGACGAAAAUGUUCGUCCAGAUAUUGUUUCUGGACUUUCGCGGGUUGGUGGGAGACUUGGUAAGUCCAGCCUGGAAGAGGGCAUUAAACACCCGAUUCUCAUCCCAAGUAAACAUCACAUAGCUACUGUCAUCACUAUACAUUACCAUGAAACUGUGUCUCACCAAGGUAGGCACUUCACUGAAGGAGCCGUCCGGGCAGCUGGAUUUUGGGUGACCGGAGGUAAACGGUUGAUAUCUCUUCUCAUCCAUCGUUGCGUGAAGUGCCGAAGACUUAGAAGUCGCCCCUGUAUCCAGAAGAUGGCAGAUUUGCCCAUUGAUAGAGUCACGCCUACACCCCCAUUUUCCUUUGUGGGAGUCGAUGUCUUUGGACCUUGGGAGGUCACAACUCGACGUACUCGAGGUGGAGUUGCUUCCAACAAACGCUGGGCAGUCCUGUUCACCUGUAUGUUCACCAGAGCCGUUCAUAUAGAGGUGCUAGAAGAGAUGAGCUCUUCCUGCUUUAUAAAUGCCGUAAGGAGACUGUAUGCUAUCCGCGGGAAAGUAAAGCAAUUCAGGUCAGAUCGAGGCACCAACUUCAUUGGUGCUACGUCGGAUCUUGGAACUACUGUGAUAGAGAGUAAGAAUGUCAAGGACUUCUUAUCAACUCAUGGUGCUACCUGGGUGUUCAAUCCUCCUCACGCCUCCCAUUUCGGCGGGAUAUGGGAGAGAAUGAUUGGCGUGUCACGACGAAUUCUGGAUGCGAUGUUGCUGGAGAAUAAAGGAAAGGACGUCACCCAUGAAGUCCUCACUACUCUCCUAGCUGAGGUUACUGCCAUCAUAAAUGCCCGUCCCUUGGUACCGGUGUCAUCUGACCCAGAACAACCAUUCAUCUUGUCACCAUCUAGCCUACUUACCCAGAAAACCCAAGACCAAGCAGAGUCUUUCCAGCAUCUGAGUCUCAAGGAUAUGUACCAUUCGCAGUGA